AUGGCUACUACAAAGCUCACUCACAAUGACUACACUGUGGGAUGGGUUUGCGCCCUCCCAAAAGAACAAACCGCAGCGUUAGCCAUGCUGGACUGUGAACAUCCACCUCUAUCCAAACACCCGAGUGACAAAAACGCAUACAGUCUUGGAGAAGUUCAAGGUCACAAUGUGGUCAUUGCUUGCCUCCCAAAGGGCAUAUAUGGCACAAACCCGGCUGCAACAGUCGCCGCAAGAAUGCUAGAUACCUUCCCAUCGAUCAAGUUCGGCCUCAUGGUAGGCAUAGGUGCUGGCAUACCUCCUCAAGUUCGCUUGGGAGAUGUUGUGGUCAGCACUCCGAUCAAACAACAUCCUGGUGUCGUGCAGUGGGACUUUGGCGAGUCAGUAAAGGGCGGACAAUUUAAGAAGAUCGGCGCCCUCAACAACCCACCAACCGAGCUUCUCACAGCUUUGAGCAAUCUGGAGUCGAAAAGAACAAUGACUGGCUAUAAGAUACCACAAUAUCUGGAAGAGUUGGCAUCCAAGUAUCCCAAGCUAGUGCCCAAGUAUAUCAAGUCCGAUUCCCUCAAGGACCCCUUGGACUCACCGGCGGGAGUCCAAGAUGAUCGCGUUGGAUUGUUUGCUUUGUUGCUAACUAUGUGGCGAAUGAUAGCGAGCCUUUUCGAGCUUCUCCCAGGAUGGCAAACACAUUCUUCUAGUAGCCUAGGGGAUGGAAAACCACAUGGGAAACAAAGGGAGAUGCAAGUCCAUUAUGGCCUGAUUGCUUCCGGAAACCGACUUAUCAAGGACUCUGUUCUCCGCGAUAGCAUAAAUCGCCAGAUGAAUGGCCAUGUGUUAUGCAACAAGGACUGGCAGGAACACGCAGCUGCCGUGGCUGCAGCCUUUGCAAAAGACCUAUUGAGCGAGGUGCAGGUCACAGAGGUUUGCCAGAUGAGUAAUGCAAAAAUCUUCCUAGAAAUGAAAGCCGGCUUAGACGAUGUGUCGGAAAAAGUCACCCACCUUCAUUCUGCGCGUCUCACUCAAGAUCAUCGGGAUAUUCUUGAAUGGCUUUCACCAAUCGAUUAUUCAUCUGUACAGAACGACACUUUCAGAAGGCGACAACCUGGGACUUGCCAAUGGCUCAUAGACUCAGAACAGUACCAGACCUGGCUGAAGACAAGUAAGCAGACCUUGUUUUGUCCAGGUAUUCCUGGCGCAGGCAAGACUAUCCUUACUUCUGUUGUAAUUGAUAAUCUUGUCCAAAGAUUUUACAAGGACAGUGAUGUCGGAAUCGCCUAUAUUUAUUGCAACUAUCGAAGGCAGGAUGAUCAGAGGAUCGACAAGAUACUGGCGAGCAUUUUGAAGCAGUUGACUGAGAGACAGCCUUCUCUUGCAACAGUUGUUCAAGAUCUAUACGAUCAGCACAAGUCUCACAGAACAUGGCCGUUUGUCGACGAACUCUCGGAAGCCCUUCGAUCACUCGUAAAGGAGUAUGGUCGAGUUUAUAUCAUCGUAGACGCACUUGAUGAAUGUGGGACAUCUGGUGGCGCCAGGUCAAAACUGCUCAAACAGUUGAUGGAUCUAAAGGAAAACUCUGAUGUGAACCUUUUCAUGACCUCGAGGGACAUGCCUGACAUUGAAGAGAAACUCCAAGGCGACAUUAUAACUCUGAAAAUUCGCGCCUCCGAAGAGGACGUAGGCUGUUUUCUUGAUAGUCGCCUCAACUCUUUAUCUGAGUUAGUCAAGAAGAACAAGGAUCUUCGUGAUAACAUUCGAGCAAAGGUGAUCGAAGCGGUUGAUGGGAUGUUUCUUCUUGCAGAUCUACAUGUUAGAUCUUUGGAAGGCAUGUUUUUGCCUAAUCAGAUUCGAGAGGCAUUGGAGACACUACCGACUGGCACUACUGCCUACGACGAAACGUACAAGGGCGUGAUGCAGCGUAUCGAAAGCCAGGCAAACACCAAGACAUUCGCAAAGGCGGUCCUCACGUGGAUCACUUGUGCUAGACGACCCUUGACAACGUCCGAGCUCCGGCAUGCACUCGCAGUGCAAGUUCAUAACACCGAUCUUGACGAGAGUAACCUUCCCGAGAUUGGCGACGCAGUUGCUGUUUGUGCCGGGCUCGUUGUUGUAGACAAGGAGAGCAACAUCAUCAGGCUUGCGCACUACACGACUCAGCAAUACUUCGAGAAAACGAAAGGGGACUGGUUUCCUAAUGCACAUGCGGACAUCACGACUGCCUGUAUCACAUAUCUCUCAUAUAAGACCUUUCAACGCAAGCCUACCGAACCAUGGGAUAGCGUAUACGAGAAGCUUCGGUCAUACAGAUUCUAUGACUACGUUGCUAUUAACUGGGGACAUCAUGGCCGCAAAUCGCAAUUUGCGAGCAAAGAACUGAUGGAGUUUCUACAGAGUGAUCGGCCUCUAGAGACAGCUGUAGAGGCGUUCAUGGUCACGACCGAGGACCUGGGAUCGACCGAUUUCGUCAAAGAGGGUGGUGUAUGGAGAAAAUAUAAUCGUGAUGUUUGUGCUCAGUUGCAUCGUCUCGGUGCCGAUGUCGGAAGAAUGGAGGGUUUACACCUCGCGGCUUACUUUGGAAUUGCCGAGGCGAUCGCUGUUCUGCUAAGAGAUGGCAAAGACCCAAAUGUAAAGGAUCAUCAUGAUCUAACACCACUGGCACGGGCUGCAAAGAACGGCCACGUGGCUGCAGUCAAAGUCCUUUUGGAAAAUGGAGCCGAUGCGAACUCGAGUGAUAGAGAUGGCAGAACCUCACUGUCUUUAGCAGCCGAAAACGGGCAUGAGCACGUUGUCGGCCCUAUAUUAGCGACAGAAGGGGUUGAUGCAGACUCCAGGGACGCUGUCGGAAAUUCGCCUCUCUAUUAUGCGGCUGUCGAAGGCCAUAUGGCCGUUUUCGAUAGACUGCUCUCUACCGACAAGGUUGACAUAAAUGCAGAGUGUAAAAUAAACCAGACACCCGUUAUUGCAGCUGUACGCAGAGGUCAUAUUGGAAUCAUUGCAAGACUGCUCAACAAUAGUCAAUUCGACGUCAACAUCAGGGACAAGGAUGGCAUGACACUGUUGCAUCACGCCGUUGAAAAAGAACAUGAGAAUAUCGUCGCUUCCUUGCUUACUGUGAACGAGAUACAAGUCGACACCAGAGACAAAUGGAACGGUACGACGUUAUCCAAAGCAGUUCGUUCCGGGUCUGGAAGUAUCGUGAAGAUGCUAAUUGACAGCGGCAAAGUCGACGUCAAUGCGAGGGUUGGCCAGGGCGAGAUAGUACUGCAGACGGCUACGUCACCAGAGACAAUGAGGGCGUUACUUGAAUCAAGCCAGGUCCAGGUUGAUGCGAGGGGCUCCAACGGCCGUACAGCUCUUAUGACGGCGGUGUCAUCUAAUCGUGAGGAAGAGGCCAAACUACUAUUAGCCACAUGCAGAGCUGGUACUAAUAUGACAGACAGCUACGGCCAAACCCCAUUUUCGAAGGCCGUGUAUAUGAGAAAUGAGCCUAUGGUCAGAAUCUUUCUUGAAAGUGGGCAAGUUGAUGUUAAUGCUAAGGACGGACAUGGCAAAACACCUCUACAAUGGGCCGUCAUUAGAUAUAACAAAUCUAUUAUCUGGUGGCUUUUGGAACAUGGCGCGGAGUUUGACGAGGAGAUCAGAGCUAGCAUGAAGCCAUUAUCAGAAUCCAGCUGGGAAGAAAUCCGUGUUGUAAUAACAGCGGUAUUAAAUAUGACACGGGCUACAAUGAGAUCGAAUAACAGCGCCAAGGCGAUAGAAAGCAAGUUACAAGUAGGGUUAUAG